GAAAUCAUAAUCAUACGUCAUAAAACGCGAGAUCGAGUCAGUAUCAGUAUUAUUUUAUCAAGGCCGUGGUGAAUAAUCGUUCUUCACAGUGAUAUUGUUUUAUUCCUGCUUUUCCAAGUAAACAAAUAACUGUGUAUACGUGUUUUAGUGUUUGAGGAGUGCGUAUAAGAAAACCGGAGACUUGUCCAGUAGUGGGAAAUGUGGCAGAAUCCAGGAGUUUAUCCGGGAGACCAGAACCAGGGUGGAUACCCGCAAGGUGGCUACCCGCAAGGAGGCUACCCGCAAGGAGGCUACCCGCAAGGUGGCUAUCCCCCUCCAGGUGGCUAUCCGCCGCAAGCUGGCUAUCCAGCGCAAGGUGGCUAUCCCCCGCAGCCUGGCUAUGCACCUCAGCCGGGCUAUGGCGCUCCGGGGUAUGCUGGUGAAGCGGGUGGAUACGGCCAACCAGGGGUGUCGGAUUUGGGGGAAGAUGGUUCCGUCAAGGGGUUCGAUUUCAAUGACCAGAGUAUCCGCAGGUCCUUCGUUCGUAAGGUGUAUUCCAUCCUGAUGUGUCAGCUGCUGGUCACUAUGGCGUUCAUUACACUUUUCACCUACCACGAGGGCUCCAAGCUGUGGUUUAGAGAACAUUCCUACAUGAUGUUCGUGGCCCUGGCCGUGGUUAUAGUCUGCCUGAUCGUGAUGGCGUGCUGCGGCAACGUGCGUCGCCAGGCGCCGAUGAACUUCAUCUUCCUCGGCAUCUUCACUCUCGCGGAGAGCUUCUUGCUCGGGGCCGUGUCGAGCACCAGGGCGCCUGAAGCGGUGAUGAUGGCAGUGGGAGUGACAGCGGCCGUGUGCCUCGCCCUGACGAUAUUCGCUCUGCAGACCAAAUGGGACUUCACCAUGAUGGGAGGAUUCCUAGUGUGCGCUACUGUUGUGCUGCUAUUGCUUGGUAUUGUCGCCAUGUUCGUCCGCAACAACACCCUCCAACUGGUCUACGCGUCCAUCGGAGCCCUCAUCUUCUCCAUGUAUCUGGUCUACGACACGCAGCUCAUGAUGGGCGGCAAGCACAAGUACAGCAUCAGCCCUGAGGAGUACAUCUUCGCCGCUCUGAACCUGUAUCUGGAUAUUAUUAACAUCUUCAUGUACAUUCUGACUAUCAUCUCCGCUUCGAGGGAUUAAGGUUGCGUUGUAACGGAGUCAGAGUAUGUGGUACUUGAAUUUGAUACCGCAUUUAAAGCGCGUUUAAACUGCUCUAAAUGUUUAUUUCGAGAUUUAAAGUCAUAUUUCGUAUUAACUUAAUUCUUUUUAAUGGUGUUAGAUAUUGUGGAGCUCCAAAUUUUCAUGCAAAACCCUGUAUCUUCAAGUUUCAUUUGACAACUGUCAUCCCAAAUAUUUUAAGUCGACUCUACUAAGAUUGCGGACCCCUGUUAAACAUGCUACGGACCCCUGAGAGGUCCGUGGACCCCACUUAAAGAAACCCUGAUAUAUAGAGUUAUUUAUUAAGUUCAUACCUACACAGAUUAUUCACUUCAGAUGGGGUAUCAAAUUUGAGUGAAGCAUAUCAGGGUAAAAUGCCGAUUAAUGGCACUGAAAAGGCGCAAGUUUUUGGGGGAACUGCAGCUUAAAAGUAAGGUUGAAGUUGACAACCGUUGGUGGGAUGCCGGCGAUAUGGUAUUUUACCCUUACGUGGACAAAAAAGGUGACGAAAACGCACACGAUGCAAGAUUUUACAACUUUAGUUAACUGUGACAAUAGAUUUCGAAAAUGUAAUGUAAUUCGUAGUAAUUUCAUUUCAUUCACUUAAUAAAACAGUAAUCAAGUCUUGCUAGAUAGUGCUUAGUUUAUCGUCAUCUUAAUUAAAAACUAAUGUCUCAUAAAUUAGAUUAGUGAGGCGUAAAUAUAACCCUAGGACGUCUAUACACGCGCAUAAAUUGCCCUUAAUACCAUGACGUGAAUGAACGUUAAGAAGUAACGGGCAAAAUCUGUAAUAAACAAUUGUUCUGUAUUUUUAUUACUGACUUUCAUUUUAUUUUUGGGGCUUGGCGGUCAAAAGGAAUGUUUUUUAUACUGUGAUUCUCAAUAAUAUUUCGUAUUUUGGUCACAUGACAAAAAUAGGUUGUCGUGUCGCUUAAAAACUCAAUAAUAGGUGAGUACCUAAUAAUUUAUUGAGAAAAUCACAUUUUUUCCUUAUGUUUAAUUGGAAAUUAGAGUCUCCGUAUGUUUUGUUGCUCUUUUUAAAAUUAUUCGUAGGUAAUAUUAGUAAACAUCGAAUAUUUUUUUCUCGUAACUAGCUAUAGGAUUUUUAAAAGUCCAUAAUAAAUUAUUCUUAACCUAAAUGAUGAUUUUCAUUCUUAUUCUUUUUAUUAGAAAGCAAUAUAAUUAAUCAAUAUAAAAUGCUAAUAUAUCUAUAAUAAUAAUCUAUAGCUUUCUUAGAAAAUGUGUGCAGAAAUGUUAAUAUUACUAGCACGCGUGAGAAAGGGGUGAUUUGCCUUUACAAGUAUGUAUUGCAGUGGCGGGACGUCCAUAUAACAUCGAAUUCCAUCAGUUUGCCUCCAGGAAGGUUUGAACUUCGUAUCAUUUUUAUAUUAAAUAUAUAUUAAGAACGGGUCACUCACGUAUUUUAAGUCGAAAUACGCUCAUAAUAUAUUUAAUAUGUCUGUCUCACGGAAAUUUUGUCAUUUUUAUAUUAUCUCGGAUACUAAAAUAACGGUCCGAUUGGUCAAUUUUUUUUUAUUUACACACAAGUUAUAUGCUCACAAAUAAAAUUUAUAAUAUCGGCGAACUGACCCGUUUUUUGGCAGUUACCCAAUCUGUUCAAUUGUGUCCUUUUAACACGGAAUAUAAAAUAGCUUAGUUUUCGCAAUAGUUAUAUUCGGACUUCGUUAUAUUUGUAGCAAUUUUAACGCAUUCACUGCCAGGGGGCGUGGCCUAGGAACAAACUUGUAUGGUGGUGAACGCACAUGUGCGUUGGGGGCAGUGAAUGUGUUAAUGCACUAUUAUUAGAGGGAUCCGUAUGCCCAAUUCCAUCAUAAAUGGUGAAUGAAAAAUGUAAUAACAGUAAUAUGUAUGUAAUAAACUAAUAAACCCCUCAAAUCUCAAGGGUUUCUACUUUUCACUCGUGGGACUUAGAGGUACAUUAUUUAACCACGCGAUAUCGCGUCCUCGAUAUUCGAGGGGUUAAAUCAACUACAGUUGCCUCCAGAAACUCGCGAACUAAAUUGACAUAAGUUUGACAAAUAAAAUGAUACCAGGAAUAGCAAAGAAAAAAUAGUCAGGGGUAUAUGUCGAUAAAAUGAUAUCGAUAAGUAAGAUGCACUUACUACCCAUGUGAUAAUUAAUUAUAAAGGGGUUACAAACGAUGUCGACUUGUAUGAAUGUGACGAGAAAAGUGGUUGAUUCGAUUGUAAGAUUGUGACGUUACCAAUCAAAUUAGGAGGUGCGGAUGUCAAACUUGACAAAUUUCAAUGUUAAGACGAAACAGGAGCUGAUUUUAGGUAAAUAUACACAUCUCGCUAACGGAAGCGGCUCCUAUAACUAGUGCGAUAAGGACAAGGCGAAAAAUCCUGCUUAAAAAUCUCUAAAAUCGAGGUUUUGUACUCGACUGUUUCCUCCUCCAAAACUUAACCAAUCGUAACCAAAUUUGGAAAUCUAAAUGAUUAUGAAAUUAUCUGUGCCGGACCGUUUUGCUUUUUUGGCUAAUUGAUAUCCGUUUUGAAUACUACGUCUCUCAUUGCGGCAUAGUCAAAGAGUCCAUUUUUGAAAGGCUCUAGCGCCUUAAAAAACAAAAAUAUCAAAAAAAGCAAAACGGUCCGACAAAUCAUUGGUCUAGCAUCAAAACCCACGGAGGAAACAGUCGAGUACGUUUGUAUGGAGAUAUGACCACUCCUGUUGGCUCUUAAUAUGCAGGUUUGGGGGCAAGUUGUUUAUAUCAAGAGCUCGCGGUUGUCGCCAUAAAUCUAAAAUUGGUGAAUUAAUUUUAUACAAUGUGACCGGUAGAUGAGAUUGAUCGAUAAUUAAAGUUAGACCAAGAAAAGUCUGCAGCGAUUUUGAUAGCCCACGCAGUGCAACUGUUAUUUAAUACGUCAUAAUUUCAUAGACUUUUAAUAGAAGUUUAAAAUAAUACUUACACUGCGUGGGCUAUUAAAAUCGCUGCAGACUUUUUUGGUCUAACUGUAUUUAUAUUCUGACCUAAUCUUAUUUUCCCUUCUGGGUCGGCCUUAUUUGUAUUUUGAGCCAAAAUCACUGUUUCUAUGUUAUCACCUACAACUUGUUACUCUAGCUGUAAGUUUUCCUAACAAAUAAAAUAAAAUAAAUAUAAUAAAAUAUUUAUUUAGUUAUCUACAAUAUGUUUAUCCAAUAUUCCUGUAUUUAUUACUAUAAUUUGCACAAUUUUCGAAAUACCAAGUAACAUUUGUAAAAUAAUUUAAAUUACUUAAAGAUACAUUUUAACUGACCGCGCAACAGUAGCGCCGCUAGCGGUGAAUUCUCACGAUAUUCUCUAAUUCAAACUUUUUUGAAAAUAUCGAUACGAACAGCACUGGCCAAACUGUGGUAUCAUUUGUACACAUUGACCUGUCAAUUUAGUUCGCGAGUUUCUGGAGGCAACCUUACACUACACGAAUUUUGCUACAAAAUUAUUGGUCUUAAUUGUGACGACCCGCCUCUGAUGUUAUGUAUGCUUCACGCAAUAUGUAAUAUUGAUAUUGUGAUGAGACUGAAAUGAUGGAUAUUUGUGGUGGAGAAUAAACAUAAAUUGUAUACUUAGCAGUAGUUACUCAGAAAAUGAACUUUAUGCCAACGGUUUAGAGUUGAUAAUAAGUUUGUAUGGUUGGUAUUGUUCAAAGGUAUCCAUUUUAUAACUUGUCACAGUGACAAUCAAUAUGAAAGUCACUAGAGAUCUCAUACUAUUGUCACUGUGACAAGGUACAGUCGCCAUCAGAUAUAUCGCAGCGGCCAUGGUGCUCACAAAUAUCUGAACACGCCCCUAUUGUGAAGGCGUUUGAGUGCGUGUUCAGAUAUUGUGAACACCUUGGCCGAUCAGAUAUAUCCGACGGCGACUGUACAAAAUGGGUCAUAAAUUAAAUCUUUCGAUUGUACCUACAUUAUUUUUAACUUGUUUUUGAAUACAUAAAAUACAACUCAUAUAUUCAAGGAACCAAUAAUGACGCGUUUUUUUUUAAAUGAAGAUGUUAUUUAAUCUUUUUUUGUUUAUUUUUCUUGUAACAUUAGUAAUUACAAUUACUUAUUUAAUGGUGGCUGUAGUAUGGUGGUGUAAUCAGGCGGUCUAGGUAUUUUAACGAAGAGUCCUAAGUUGGAGACCGCUUUAAUAAAACGUUUAAAUAAACCUUAAAAUACUAUUCUUUUUAUGCAACGUGGUUAACUUGAUUUCUCUUUAGUUAGACCAAGCUAACUCUGCGCCGUUUUGGCAAGCGACAGAAUGUCUAAGUGUCACUUUAAACGUAAUAACAAUGAUGUUAUGACGUCUAUCGUGACUCUACACUUUGGCACUCCUAAGUUAGUUUGGUAUAUUAUGGUUUUUACUGCGUUUCUAAUUAAUUCGUCUUAUAUAAUGUACAAACUUAAAUUAUUACAGUGGUAGUACAUAAGGCUUUAUUAAUUGUAAUAUACACGAUUUUGGGUUUGAUAAGCAAUGUUUGCAUUUAAGGUCCCCGUAGACGGAUGGUUUUAUUGAUAUAUUGCGCAAUAAAAUUGACCGCCGACGAGAUGUGUUUUUGUUCUAACCCAAAGAUGAUAAUCUACCUGAUAAUUAUUCAAUAAUAAUGCUUAGAGCUAUUGGUGAUAUUUUAAUGCAAUUUUGCCAGUUCAUAUUAUAAAUGAUAUUAGUUUGACAGCUGUCAAAGAUGUAUCUAAAUGUCACCAUUUUGUACCGAUUGUCAGAUCCAUCCACACACAGUCGGCAUCAGACAUUUUUGAGCGGCAAAUGUUCUCAAAAACAUCUGAACACGCAACAUGAAGUUAUUAAGUUCGAUUAAAUUUAAAUAUGUAAUUAUUCAUCGGAAUAUAGUUGCAAUUGAAGCAUUCAAUUAUGCUAAUUCAACUCUAUUUCCUACACUUAAGGUUUAAAUUUCACUGGCAAAAUUUGUAAUAUUUUUAGUAGAGGCUUUGUCCAGAUAUUUGUGAACACCUUGGCUGAUCCGAUAUAUCUAAUGCGACUACAUCGACGAAUUAUAUUAGUCAUUAAAUUAAUUAAAAUAUUACAUACAAUAUUCAUUCAUAGGUAUGUAAAGUUCAUUUAUUCUAAUUUGAAUUCACGGAAAUGAAUGAGCCUUACAUUUAUUUGUCAUUUCAUAAACUAAUAUAAUAAUAAUAAUAAAAUAGAAUAGUUCCUCGUUUUGUUAUACCUAUACUAUUACAUAUAGAGUCAAAAAGCUGUGUUAGUAAAUAUAACUGGUACAAAAUUGUAUGGGAGCGCUUUUUUGGCGGUUUGUGUGACUCUGGUGGAUCUGUACAAUAUAACCUGCGCGUUUACACACUUGCAUUUAAGUCGAACCACAGAAUAAACAAUAACUAGGUACAUAAGACUCACUCUCUAACAAAACGCGUCUGUUACGAUCAGUACAGAUAUGGCCGCUAGGUGGCGACAGCGCCACGCGCGGCUUAUGGCUAGCCACCAAAAUUGGUGUGGAACGGAUGUAUUUGUAGCUACCUAUAGCAAAGCGACGAAAUCGCCGAGUGAGCCACGCCUGGUCGAACCUAUAUUGUUUACAAACGAAGUACCUACCUAUCUAUCGAGAAAAAGAUAUUCAAUUAUUUCAGUUAUUUUUACUAAGCAGCUUUUUGAUACCAUAUCUUACUAUAUAUGUAUCUAUAGAAAUGUACAUAUAUACAUACUAGGGCGGUUUGAUAAGUAACUUGGUUCGAUCUGAAAACAAAUGUGUUGGGAGUGUUGUGUACUUUCUGAUACAAAGCUUUAUGAAAAACCGGGCAAGUGCGAGUCGGACUCGCGCACGAAGGGUUCCGUACCAUAAUGCAAAACAAAAAACAAUAAAAAAAGCAAAAACGGUCACCCAUCCAAGUACUGACCACUCCCGACGUUGCUUUAACUUUGGUCAAAAAUCACGUUUGUUGUAUAGGAGCCCCAUUUAAAUCUUUAUUUUAUUCCGUUUUUAGUAUUUGUUGUUAUAGCGGCAACAGAAAUACAUCAUCUGUGAAAAUUUCAACUGUCUAGCUAUCACGGUUCGUGAGAUACAGCCUGGUGACAGACGGACGGACGGACAGCGAAGUCUUAGUAAUAGGGUCCCGUUUUACCAGUCGUUUUACCCUUUGGGUACGGAACCCUAAAAAUGUGUAGAACUCAGUUGAGAUGCUUAUGGCUUCAUCUAAUUCGAGUACUUUUAUUUUUCUGUCAGCUAAAACAAUAUCCUGAAUUUCUAUCGAACCAAGUUAAGUACUUUUCAAACCACCCUCGUAGUCACGGCUUCGAGUAAAUGGUUAUAACUACUUUGGUUUUACUGUAAACUUUUGUAUUUAUAAAUAAGUAUGAUAUCAGAACGGCGGGUGCAUUGAAAUUCUAACAAAUAUAAAUUUUAUGCAGACAAAUUUAAAUGUCGUAAGAGCCACUCCACACUAGCGUCUCCCGAGCGUCGGCUCUAGUCAACUCUAUGGCUGCUGCUCGACGCAACGUUGACGCAACUGCACAGCGACGCCAUUUUCCAUAACGUUCAGUCGCCGACGCUCAAAAGACGCUAGUGUGUGGUGGCCCUAGGAGACACCCUGCACUAGAGUCUCCCGAGGGUCGGCUCUUGUCAACUCUAUGGCUGCUGGGACCCAUUUCUCGAACGAUAUUAGCCCAAUAUUAUUAGUGUGUUGUCAUGGCAACCCAUACGAUUUGACAGUUCGUGGACUAAUAAUAUUAGUCUAAUAUCGUUCGAGAAAUGGGCCCCUGCUCGACGCAACGUUGGCGCAACUGCGCGGCGACGCCAUUUUCCAUAGCGUUCAGUCGCUGAUUAGUCACCGACGCUCAAAAGACGCUAGUGUGUGGUGGCCCUAGGAGACACCCUGCACUAGUCUCCCGAGUGUCGGCUCUUGUCAACUCUAUGGCUGCUGGUCGACGCAACGCUGGCGCAACUGCGCAGCGACACCAUUUUCCAUAGCGCUGAUUAGACGCCGACGCUCAAAAGACGCUAGUGUGGGGUGUCUCUUUCAGCAUUUUUACUUUACGCGCCUUAGGCACUUGUCCCACCGCCGACGAUGAGCGAUAAGCGAGUAGAACGAUAAACUAGAAACGAGUGGGCGAGAAGCGAGUGUUAGCACCAAUAGUUUUGUCGCUCGGCUAUAGGCGAGUGUUCGAGUGCGACGGGCUAUUACUCGCGUCACUCGCUCGGGCGGUGCAGCGUAGCCGAACACGCAGACGUCGCAGACUCGUUCAAACUACGAAGCGAGCAUCGCCGAGCGAGUACCGCUGAGCUAGUUUUAUCUUAUCGCGGCGACAAACUAGUAGAGCGAGUGUUCUCGCCGGCAGUGUGAACAGCCAGCGAUGAACUCUUAUAAUUUAUAUGUCUCUACUAACACAGGAUCCUUAUCUUUUGUUCGUUUCUUGGGCUAGAAAAUCGCCGAUAGUUAAUCGCUUACUCGCUCUUGGUGGGACAAGUGCCUUAGAUUCCUUUCUCCUCGAGAUUGGUAUCAUAUUAAAAAUAUGGAUACGACUCAUUGGCUUCAAAAACAUGUUAUUUAGACGAUUGACUGUACAAUAAGUAUAAAACAUUUGUUAGAAAUUUCGUUGCCUCGUAUUUUUGUACUAGACUGUACAUUCAGCAGUAGAUAUAGAUUUAUUAUGUUUACUUGAAGACAGUGCUUAAAAUAUAACACUUUAAACUCUCGCGUUUUGUACACAUAUUUAAUUACACAAACGGGUCUACCGCGAUAUAAUUUCAUUGUUUUUACCUUUAAUUCCGACGUUUCAGCUGAGUUGCACCAGCUGUGGUCACGGAAAGACUGACGUCCCAACAAAUGUCAACGGAGAUAUUAAUAAAACACCACUAAACUACCCGAAAUUAGUUUAUAAAAAUGUUCGGGGUAGACAAAGAAAUUGCAGCUACCCGUUAAUGUUUAUUGUACACGGCACGACACGCAACACUCACAAUUUUGCUGGUGCAACUCAGGUGAAACGUCGGAAUUAAAGGUAAAAACAAUGAAAUUAUAUCGCGGUAGACCCGUUUGUGUAAUUAAAUAAGUGCUUAAAAUGUUAUCAAAUCUUUUGACAAUACUGACGACGUGUAUAGAUUUUUUUGAGUCCCAAGUGUAUAUUAUUGCUGACUGUACAUGUACAAUGCAUUAGUAACUUUGGCAUACCUUUGAUAAUCGGUAUUUUUAGAUAAAACAUGAAUCUGUGCUUUAAAAUCUCACCUACUUAUAAUAAAUGUAUGGCAGGUACAUUCCAAA